AUGACUGAAGCAGACACUUCCGGCACCCGUGGUCGUCCCUUCUCCUCUGACACCGAUGUACCCUCAAUGUGGAGUUCUUCGGCCGCAGAACCCGGUUUCACCCGCAUCAGCGCCAUCACCAGCAUCACCUCCACAACCACCGACAGCAGCAACAAGCGUGAAUCUCGGGGUCCGGGAAACAGAGAUGCCCCCAUCCAUGAUGCAAGCAGCAUAAGCAUGAGCAGCAUCAGUGAUCUGAGUAGCAUCCAGAAUAGCACUACCAACCACCUCACCACCGGCUUCAGCGAGGAUGAAGAAUACGAGGAAGACCAAGAGGAGGAAAGGGAGGAGGAGAAUGACGAAGAGGAGGAAGAGCAAGAGAAAGAGAAUGACCAUCCAACCACCGGCCUCAGCGAGGAUGAGGAAUACGAGGAAGGCCAGGAAGAGGAAAAGGAGGAUGAGGAGGCGGAUGAAGAAGAAGAGGAAGAGCCAGAGAAGGAGGAGGACGACGAUAACUAUGAUGAGGAGGAAUGUGAGGAUAAUAAGGAGGAGGAAGGGGAGGGGGAGGAGAUGGAGGAGGAAGGGGAGGAGGCGGGCAGGUAUACCCGAGUGCCGUCUCCUUCAAGUUGUGCAUCGCACCUUCGCAGUAUCUCAAGUCCAGAGGUGGAAGGGCCUCGCAAGCGAAUGCCGAAAAGUCCAUCAACGAAGUCCUAUCAGGAGACGAACUCGCUGCGCCGCCACCUCCCCCGACGUCCUUGUGGGGUUCUGAUGCUGGUUCGUUGGGGACAAGAACCCACGAAGUGUGCAGACGAUACCUCCCUGGACGUCAGUUCCUCCAUCUAUGACUGGCCGUGGCCCCCUAUCACCACGAGGGAGAUCGCAGUCCAGGCCUCUCCUCCCCCCAACGAUUCAGAGGUUUCCACGCCGGUGACCUCCACUGGCGCUUUUGAUGUAUUUCAGGACCUUUUAAAUGAAAGCGCAAAUUCGCGAGAGAACGAACAGAAACAUAGGGCAACGGGGGCGGGUGAUACGAUGCCCCAGGAAGAAGUUAAGAUCCCGCUCAUGCGCACUCAUUCGUCUUCAAUUUUAGAAGAGCCCACGAAGGACGAUAAGCAGACCUCAACCUACCCACCACCAAUGUCUGGAAUGGUAUGUUUUAUCCCGAAAGACAUCUUUGCCAAGUCGGUCGACGAAAUUCCCUCCUCUGACUCUGCUCUUUAUUUCUUUCAGUCUAGUAACGGUUGGCGUCGGAGGAUAAGGCGAACACUGCGUCGACUCUUUUACUGUUCCGCAGGUCACCGAGAGGACUAA